AUGGAUCGACCAUCUGCGGCCCGGCCGGACUUUUACUUGAUUACCGAUCAGGACACUAUUUACGAACAGGACCUGUUGCGCGAAGCUGGUAGCAUUAAGCCAUGGCUUGCCUACAUCGAAUUCAAACAGCAGAAUGGCACGCUUUAUGAGCAAGCCUUUAUAAUGGAGCGGGCUUGCCGACAGUUGCCCCGGUCGUACAAGUUGUGGAAGAUGUAUCUGGAAUUCCGAACAAAGCAUCUCAAAGGCCGCAACCCAACUGUUUACCGCGUGGAGUACUCGAAGGUAAACGCAUUGUUCGAGCGAGCCCUGAUCCUCCUGAACAAGAUGCCUCGCAUCUGGGAGAUGUACCUUACAUUUCUGAUGCAGCAACCUCUGGUCACACAAACACGGCGUACCUUCGAUCAUGCCCUUCGCGCCUUACCAGUCACUCAACACAACCGAAUCUGGAGACUUUACAAGGGAUUUGCGAGAUCUGCGUCAGGACCUACUGCCGUGAAAAUCUGGGCUCGAUACAUGCAGAUUCACCCAGAGAAUGCGGAGGAGUAUAUCGAAAUCUUGAUCGAAAUGGGUCAAUAUACCGAAGCGGUUAAAGUUUACAUGGAAAUCCUCGACAAUGCUCGAUUCCAGUCGAAGAAUGGCAAGAGCAACUUCCAGCUUUGGACUGAGAUGGUGGAUCUGUUGGUCUCAAAGGCCAAGCAGAUUCAGACUGGUCACCUGGUGGGAAUUGACGUGGACGCCAUUCUUCGAAGCGGUAUUGAUCGAUUUGCCGACCAACGAGGCAAGUUGUGGGCUGGUUUGGCAACUUACUGGAUCACUAAGGGUAACUUCGAAAAAGCCCGGGAUAUCUUUGAAGAGGGUGUCACUACCGUCAUGACAGUCCGUGAUUUUACAUUAAUCUUCGAUUCAUACGUGGAGUUCGAGGAAUCGAUCAUUGGUAGCUUGAUGGAGGGGGCAGCCGUUCGUUCCGAAAAAGGCAAGGUGGAUGAAGAUGCUGACUUUGACCUCGACUUGCGUAUGUUGCGUUUUGAGCAACUGAUGGACCGCCGUCCAUUCCUGGUAAAUGACGUUCUCUUGCGACAGAAUCCCAAUAACGUCAUUGAGUGGGAGAAGAGAGUGGGCUUGUGGGGUGACAACAAACAAGAGGCUGUCAACACUUAUACAGCUGCAAUCGCCGCCAUAAACCCCAAGAAGGCCCAUGGCAAGUAUUCUGAGCUGUGGGUAAACUACGCCAAGUUUUACGAGAAUGGCGGAGAUAUAGGAACAUCAAGAGUUAUCUUCGAAAAAGCCGUCAAGGUUCCCUUCAAAUCCGUGGCUGAGUUAGCUGAGACAUGGUGUGAAUGGGCAGAGAUGGAACUUCGUGCAGAAAACUUUGAUCAGGCUGUUGGAAUCAUGGGCAAGGCCACCCAGGCACCGAAGAAGUCCACGGUGGAUUAUUUCGACGAGACUCUGUCACCGCAGCAGCGUAUCCAUAAAAGCUGGAAACUGUGGAGUUUCUAUGUCGAUCUUGUUGAGAGUGUAUCUUCACUGGACGAAACAAGGAAAGUCUAUGAGCGCAUCUUCGAACUUCGUAUCGCAACCCCUCAAACUGUCGUCAACUAUGCGAACCUUUUGGAGGAGAACGAUUACUUCGAGGAUUCUUUCAAGAUCUAUGAGCGUGGUCUUGAUCUUUUCAGCUACCCUGUUGCCUUCGAGCUCUGGAACUUAUACUUGACUAAGGCCGUUGAUCGCAAGAUCGGCAUUGAGAGACUUCGAGAUCUCUUCGAGCAGGCUCUGGAUGAAUGUCCACCGAAGUUUGCCAAGCCCCUCUACUUGAUGUAUGGAAAUCUGGAAGAGGAGCGAGGCCUUGCACGACAUGCCAUGCGCAUCUAUGAGCGCGCAACCCGAGCAGUGUCCGAUGAAGACCGUUUCGAAAUGUUCGAGUUCUACAUUACAAAAUCGGCAUCCAACUUUGGUCUUACCUCCACCCGACCCAUCUACGAACGCGCCAUUGCAGCCCUGCCCGACCAAGAAGCCAAGGAAAUGUGUCUCAAGUUUGCCGAGAUGGAGCGACGUCUGGGCGAAAUCGACCGUGCUCGUGCGAUCUAUGGUCACGCCUCACAGUUCUGCGAUCCUCGUACGAACGCUCCUUUCUGGCAGAAAUGGGAGGCCUUCGAGGUCCAGCACGGAAACGAGGACACAUUCAAAGAGAUGCUUCGCAUCAAAAGAAGUGUUCAGGCCCAAUACAAUACCGAUGUUGGGUUCAUUGCAUCACAGGCUAUUGCCCGAGGCAACCAGCAAGAUGGCGAGCAGGGUCAAGAUGAUGAUGAAAACGCAGACCGUGCCGACGCUAUGGCCGAGAUUGAACGUCAGGCCCGCGCCCCUGUUGGCUUUGUUGCUGCUAGCACUGGUCCUGAGGGUGGCAACCGUCCUCCACCCACUAGUGAGGCACCUCCAGCAGCACCUACCAAUCCAGAUGCAAUUGACCUGGAUGAUGAUAUGGAUGAUUGA